CCACUGAUCCACUAAACAUAUCAAUAUGGGGCGGUGCAUGCUUUGUAGUGUGCCCACUGCUCAUCACAGACAACAAAACAGUUCACAGUUGGUGCUACAGCAAUUUAUGAUCUCAAUAACAUUGCAUUUGAUUUCCUUGCAAUGUUGCACCAACCAAGCUCAUGGCCUUGUCCCCUAACCCAAUCAUGGAUCAAUGGCUCCAGACUGGAUUGGAAGUCAUCCUCUCCAGCUAUAAAUUCAAGGCAGGGUGGCCUCCGAGAAGCAUCAGUUCAUCCACAAACACAAGCAUUUGCAAACGCAAGAGUUUUCCAGGUUCCAUUUCUAAAUUCUAAUUCUAGUCAAGAAGAAGGAGAAAUGGCCAUGAUCAGUGCCAAGAGGAUUGCUCAGCUGGCCAAGAAGUGGCGAAGGAUGGCAGCCCUGGGGAGGAAGCGGCUUACAGCGUCGUCGUCGUCGUCGUCGACGGCGACACAAGAGGCCCAUGGUUGCUCCACGGCGGCGGCGGCGGUUGCCGGAAAGGGCCACUGCGCCAUCUACACCGCCGACGGCGCGCGGUUCGAGGUGCCACUGGCGUACCUCGGCACAGCGGUCUUUGGCGAGCUCCUGAGGGUGUCACAGGAGGAGUACGGCUUCUCCGGCGACGGCAGGAUCAUGCUGCCGUGUGACGCCAUGGUGAUGGAGUACGUGAUGUGCUUGCUUGGGAGAAAUGCUUCGGUGGAGGUCGAGAAGGCGUUCUUGAGCUCCAUGGUGAUGCCGUGUCACAAUGCAAGCUGUGUGGCAUCAUCAUCAUCAUCUUUGGGAGCCUAUCAGCAACUUGCUGUUUGCAGUAACUAGAAUUGUUCUGUUUGUUUGA